AUGGGCGCAGUUUCGAAGGAGGUUCAGCUUUCGAUUGCGGCUUCUUCAAUGUUUCCUGGGUUUAGGUUUUCACCCACCGAUGAGGAACUGAUUUCCUAUUACCUGAAGAACAAGCUGGAAGGACCUGAACCUGGGAAGAGCGUAGAGGUCAUUCCUGAAGUUGAUAUUUGCAAUUUCGAGCCCUGGGACUUGCCAGCCAAAUCUGUUAUUCAAUCGGAUAAUGAGUGGUUCUUCUUUUCUCCACGAGGAAGAAAGUACCCAAAUGGCUCACAAAGCAGAAGAGCAACAGAAUUUGGUUAUUGGAAAGCCACAGGUAAAGAACGCAACGUAAAGUCAACUUCUAAUGUAAUUGGUACAAAGAGGACACUUGUGUUCCACAUGGGUCGUGCACCAAAAGGGGAAAGGACAGAAUGGAUUAUGCACGAAUACUGCAUGAAUGACAAGUCCCAGGAUUCUAUUGUUGUUUGCCGCCUCCGGAAGAAUAGUGAUUUCCAUUUAAAUGACACCACAAAUGGAGGUUCUUCAAGUCGAAAUCCUUUAUCAACUGUGCAUAAUAGUGAAAAUGCUGUCUCAGAAGUUGGUAUUGACCAUGAUAAGCCAGUUGAAUGCUUUUCGAAGAAGUCUACUAGCAGUCAUGAUUCUCAUUCUAUUGAGCAAAUUGAUUCUGCAUCUGAAUCCAACCAAAAACAGACAACAGAGGUUACACAGACAGAAUCUUCUGGCCACCAGAAGGGUUCUUAUGAUGAUGACUUUUAUGCGGAUAUACUGAAUGAUGAUAUCAUCAAACUAGAUGAAGUUUCAGUGUCUGCGUCUGCUGACACACUUCCAGUUCUUGCCAAUAAGUCCGAGGACGAACAAAAUUCUCACCAGCCUAUGCAAGCCAUUUGUAAUUCAGAAGCAAUUCCUUUCCAAGGUACUGCAAACCGAAGAAUCCAUUUGCGAAAGAGAAAGGAAAAGUUUCCUGCUGGGUCACUGGAAGGUCCCAAUUCACAAGAGUCACCAAAAACUUCAGCGGAUAGGAUGGACGAUCAACAUGUGAUAUUAUAUGUUUCUGUCAAGUCAAAAACAUCACAAGUAAGUCUUUGUAUAAAUGUUCUGCCGCAAAAUGUUAAUAUUAGACUUUUCUUUCUUGACCUGGUCUUGAUUUCUGUCGAAUGCUCGAGUAAGCUCAAGGGACAAGUAGUGGAAGGCAGCCCUUUGAUCCAUGGGAUCCCUAUGAAUUUCACAUAUUAA